AUGGCGGGUGAAUUAGUCGAAUUUGACAAAGGUCAUCACAGCCCCGCAACGGAGAUUCAAUUCCUCAUCAGGGUCAUCACAGCCCCUCUUAUGCCUUGUUUUACUGUAGUCGUUGGCGUUCUACAAUUUGAGAAUAUAGCGAUAAAUGGAUUAGCCUCGUUGAACAGCCAGAAGUUUCAUAUUCUUGUCUACGGAUGCAAGAAAGUGAAGAUGGUUAAUAUGAAAAUCUCAGCUCCGGCGAACAGCCCUAACACCGACGGCAUCCACAUACAGCAGUCGUCAGAAGUUACCGUGAUGAACACGCACAUCGGCACCGGAGACGGCUGCAUCUCCGUGGGGCCCGACCACCAAAAUUGUCCUACUCAGGGGUUGGGGGUGAAGAUAAGUGACGUGGCAUAUGAAGAUAUACAUGGAACAUCAGCUGCACAAGUUGCAGUGAAAUUUGACUGCAGUAAAAAGAACUCGUGCAGUGGAAUUACUUUGAAUGGAGUUAAUUUAAGUUACAGAGACAAACUGGCUACUGCUUCUUGUGCCAAUGCUGCCGGGUCGGCUGCUGGUGUUGUCCGGCUAAUCCAUUUAUUGCUAUAUUCUCCGAAUUUUUCUGUUAACUUUUUGUUGUGUUUUUAG